AUGGAGACAUUGCUGUGGUCAGUGAUGAUACUAACAACAUCAUGCAUUAUUGCAUUCCUGCUACCUUUCCUCUCACAGAAUUCCACAUUCAUAUUGCCUCCCAAAGCUCACGGUGUACCAAUCAUAAGUACACUUCUAUGGCUUCAAAAAACAACCAUUGAAGCUCGAAACACCCUUCAAAAACUCCAUUUGAAGCUCGGUCCAAUCAUCACCAUACCCAUUAUAUCACACCCAUUUAUAUUCAUUUCAACUUCUUCUCUAGCUCAUCAAGCCCUUAUCCAAAACGGUGCUAUAUUUUCUAACCGGCCUAUUGCUCUUUCGACGUCGAAAAUCCUCACCAGCAACCAACAUAACAUUAGCUCAGCUAGUUAUGGGCCAAUAUGGCGUCUCCUACGCCGCAAUCUCACCCAUAACAUUAGCUCAGCUAGUUUGUUUACACUACAACUGUCAGAUAAUAAUGGUACUAAGAGAAACUUAAGUGAAGAAGAACUUGUGACUAUUUGUUCUGAAUUUCUGAAUGCAGGAACAGACACAACUUCAACAGCGUUACAAUGGAUUAUGGCUAAUCUUGUUAAGUACCCGAAUAUACAAGAUAAGCUUGUUCAAGAGAUUAAACAAGUAGUUGGAGAAGAAGCAGAAGAAGUUAAAGAAAAUGAACUGUGUAAGAUAAAACACUUAAAGGCUAUUGUAUUGGAGGGACUAAGAAGGCAUCCUCCAAGUUAUUUUACUUUGCCUCAUGCAGUGACUAAAGAGGUGAAUUUGGGUGGAUAUACAGUGCCUGAAAAUGCAGUUGUUUUUUUCACGGUUGCGGAGAUGGGUUGGGAUCCACUGGUGUGGGAGAAUCCGAUGGAAUUUAAACCAGAGAGAUUUUUGUCUGGUGAUGAAGAAUUUGAUAUGAGUGGAAGUAGAGAGAUAAAGAUGAUGCCUUUUGGGGCAGGAAGGAGGAUAUGUCCGGCAGUUCGUAUGGCCAUGCUUCAUCUGGAAUAUUAUGUGGCUAAUUUGGUUUGGAACUUUGAAUGGGGAGCUGUAGAUGGAUAUGAAGUUGAUUUAUCUGAGAAGCAAGAGUUUACUGUUGUGAUGAAGCAUCCACUACAGACUCGCAUUUCUCGUCGCCCAAGGAUUAAGCAACACCUGCAGGAUUCAAUUGUUUAUUGAAUUAGAUGACAUCCUGUGCUACGCAUAGUAUUUUUUUAUAGGUAAGAUUAAGGGGCUCACAUGAGGGUAUAAGCUAAUGAGAGCGAGUGAUUCGAGUCCUAUGGGUUUGAUCCCUAGAUCUCAGGGAUACAAGCUGAGAAGUGAUGUCAUUACGCCAUCACCUCAAUCUUAGUU